GGGACUGUACCUACAAGAAGGCGUGGGAGGUCUGCCUUAAAGACAGCAGAGCCCGUAUGCCAGACAAGCGCCAAAGUUGUGGUUGAUGACCAAAAGUCAGAUGAGAAGGAAUCGACUGAUCAACUUGACACUGUAAAAAAGAGAGGGACUGUAGAGCCAAAACUGAAUUCAAAGAAAUUAAAGAUAAAGAAUAAAGACACUGUGGCCGGGCAGGGUUCGGAAAUUAAUCAACUAGUGACUCGCAGGAGCAACAGAGUCACUAACCCACUCUGUAAAAAAGUUUCAGACACUGCAGCUGAACCAGAAACUAAAACUGACGCCGCUCCGGAAGAGUCCAAGUCAGAAGUUUCACCAACAGUGGAGGCCAAACCGGUGGUGGGAAGGGAGAGACGAAGGCAAAGCAGGAGGCUGAAUAAAGAUAUUACAGUGCCAGAAAACCAUGGUCUGUCUUCCACAGAGACGGAUAAUCCAGCUGUACAACCCGGUGACAGUUUGCCUUUGAAAAACGAAGAAAUGAGGGUCCCAAGCUUAAAGCUGAUAAGGAUCAAAAAUCCCAAAUAUGAUCCGCAGGCCAGUGGAAAGAAUUCAUCUCGAAAGAAAAAGCGAAGAAAAUUUGUCUGGAGUUUAACAUUAGUGAAGGGAGGAAUUCUGACACCGGGUGCUGAAGCCACUCUCAAAGUAACAGCAAAGACUGUGAGUGAGGUGGAUCAGUCUGCUCUUUGUGACACCAGCGUCACCACAAAUUUAAAAGGAGUGGAUAAAAAAUCAAAACAGGAGAACACACCGCUGCAACAGAGGGAAAGCACGGACAGCAGUGAGAAGGAUGCUCAAAACAAAGCUGAUGUGCCAGUUGAGGAAAAGUCAACUUUACAGGUGGAAGUUGAAGUGGAGCAAGUCGCUGAAUCACCUGAACAAGACAUGAUUAAAACGGAUUGCGGGAAAGUUGUCCCCCCUCUUCAGAUUAAAAAGGUCUCCUCUCCUGGUAAACAUAAAAGCUCAAAGCCAUCCUUUUUAAUUCAGCAGGUUAGCCCUGUGUCUGAAAAGAAAGAGGAUGCUUUGAAAGAUCCGAGCGAAUUAAAUGAGGAUAAAGCACCAUGUCAGGAUGUUGAGGCCACACCUACAAGGAGACUAAGGAGACGGAUGUCAAGCCUUGAUUCACCACAAGCAAAGCCUGUCAGUCAGAAGCCAGUGACCACGCCGAAACGGAGGCUUAGAACGAGUCCAAAGGAUGAAGAUACUCCACAGGUGCAUGUUGAAGAUUCUUCUCAGGUUUCAACUGAAGAUUCCAGCUCACAAGUUCUUCCUGAAAACUCUUGUCAUGUUUUGGCUGAGGAGCCGCCACAGGUGACCAGUGAAAACACCACUGAAGUUCUUGACAAGGAUAUCUCAAAGAUUGCUGACGAACCGUCACAGGUGCCAGAGGAAGUUCCUCCACAGAAGGUGGAAAAUGAGGUAGAACCACAGAUUGAAGAGGCCAAACCAUUGCCUGUGCCUUCCAAACCUAAAAGAUGUAGAAAUAAUAAACUAGGGAAAAAGAAGUCUGUUCAAAGGAAGAAAGCUGUUGUUUCUCCUGAAACUGCUGUCAACACAGAGCUUGUCACAGUUGAUGCUCCCAACACAGAGCCUGUUUUACAGGAAGAUGCUCAGCCUUUAGUAGAAGAGGUAAGUCAGCCAGAAACACAAGAUUGCACUCAGCCAGAGACCAAACAGGACACUGUGUCAGUGGAAGUAGAAGAAGAGCAGAUACAGCCUCCAGUAAAAGAGGAAACGGACAUUCAGUUGAUAGACGGUCAACAGUCUUUGGUGUCGGAAAGUCAACCAAGUGAUCUCCAAAGGUCAAGGAAAUCUCUCAAAAAAAUUAAAAAGAAGCGUAAAAAUUUAAUUGGGCAGCGUCAGAAACACAGACACAGAAGCAGAGAUGGGAAGUUUGCUCCACUUAAACUCACUGAAAGUGAGAAAAUUGUUGAGGAAGAUGGUGACAUUUCCGCUCCACCGGCAGCUACUGCACUAACACCAAGCUCAAAACUUAUUGGAGUACAUAAAAAGUACAAAAAGAGACAGUCAGGUCUUCAGUUCAUUGGAAGUAAACGGCCAAACACAGAAACUAAAAUCAUUUCUAAGCUGAUGGAAAUAGAACUUGACAAAAACAGUCUGAAGCAGGAAGAAACGGACACGUUAGUUGAUGGCGGGCAGACAGAUGUUGUAGAUUCUCAGCCUGGGAAGUCAAAGUUCGUCAAAAACAUCAAGCACUUCAUUAUGCCUGUUGUGAGUGCCAGAUCCUCACGAGUAAUCAAGACCCCGCAAAGGUUCAUGGAUGAUGCUGGAAUGUCUGUACUGCCUCGAAGAAACUCUCCAAAGAAGGGUUUACACCUGGGCUUGCAAAUACGCCCAGGAAAGAGGCGAGAUGAUGGCACAGACAGAGCAAUAUCUCCCAUCCUGCCAAUUGAUGAGGAGGAUAUAUUGAGUGAAGCUCAACUGGAUGUCGAUCUGUUUUCAGCUCAGGACCUAGAAGACGGCAUUGACAUAGCCGACAGCUUGUUUUCUGAGAGAAAAAGUGGCAAAAAUGAAAAGAAGAAGUCUCUUCUAAAGAACUCUAGUUUCAAAUGGCAUGUGCCAGAGGUGUCUAGCGAGGAGGCGUAUACACUGGACAAAUCUCCAGAGAACAAAUGUGAGGAUCUGUUUUUAUCCACUCCUGUUGAUAAGCCCCUGGAACUAUCUACUGACCUCCUGGAUGUUCAAAAGAAGAAAGGUUCUCCCAAGUUUUGCAAGCAAACGGCUCACCUCAAGAUGUAUCAUAGGCUAAAGAAACCUCACAUGGGACUUCCCAAAAGCAAAAACCUAACAGAACUGGAUAGCGCGAGUAAACCUCCUCAGCCACCUGUUGAUUUAGCAGAAGGACUGGAUGAUGAGGCCAUGAGCAUCAGCCUUAGGCAACGGAGUACAGGCGCAGAGAAAGAGAAGUCCAAGCUCAAGAUAGAAGACCUCGAUAGUCCUGGAGUGGUGAGAAAAGUUGCUGUGUGUGUUCGGACUACGAACUCGAAGUCGCUUGUAUUACAGCCAGGUGAGCAGGAGGUUUCAGCAGGAAAAGACACUGCCCAGCUUCACUCAGGAGAGUCGCAGUCAAAAAAGAACUCAAGCACAGGUGAAGGCGAUCAUCCUCCAUCUGUGGAGAAAGGAGCCUCGCAAAGAGCGCGCCUCACUGGUGCAAAUAAAAGAAUGUUCAAUCUCCUCAGGAAAGCCAAGGUCCAGCUCAUUAAAAUUGACCAGCAGAAACAGCUUAAGUCAUCUGGGCUGUUAUCUGGCCCUGCCGGAGCCCGGUCUCAAGAUAGGACCUCCAAGAGACAAAGGAGGAAGCAGAGGAUGCAGCUUGAGUCUAAUGUUCCCAUCAAGACAGAGCCACCUCAAGGACAACCACAGCUCAUCUCUCCGCUGUGCCAGGAGUUUCGCAGAGCAGGAGGUCCGCGCAUCAAACACGUGUGUCGUGCUGCAUCAGUGGUACUCGGGCAGCCUCGAGCUCUGGUACCAGAUGACAUUCCCAGACUCAGCGCCUUGCCACUGCAUGAAAGAUCUGGGAUUUCCCCGACAGCGGUCACAAAAGAUGUGGGAUCUCCGUCAGAAUCCGACAGUCCUGGCCUCUCGGAUCUGAAAGUCACAAAGGUCAAGAAGCCGUCAAAUUUUGUGAAGCGGAAAGGACUUGGGCCAUUUGGCUACCGUUCGAGGCGGUGUGGAGUAUGCAAAGGAUGCAACCACGAGGACGACUGUGGCAAGUGCAUGAACUGCCUCGACAAACCCAAGUUCGGUGGUCCCAAUACGAAGCGGCAGUGUUGUGUGUAUAAGAGAUGUGAUCAAAUUGAGGAGAGGAAAGCUCGCAGGUUAAGCGGAAGAACGGCACCCAAAGGUUCUUCUAAGCGACGGCGGUCCUCUCUCAGCGGGGGUCAUUCAAGUAAUGACGAAGGGAACGAGGGUGCUGUGGACUCGCCAUCUGGUCUCCAGGGCGACGGUAACAGUCCGUCAGUAAGGAAGCAGCCAAAACGUGUUGUGAAACCCCGUGUCUAUUUUGACCUGGUGGAUUACGACUCAGAUCUAGAUGAUAAAGCUGUCUCAAGCUCUGCGUCCCCAGCGAGGAGAAGAGGCGUUGGACCCCGUUUCAGUCAAGACUUUGUGUCACUGGACGGAUUUCUGGGCGACAUUUCAGAUGAAGAAAUCCGGCAUCGAAAGUCCAGUUCCCAUCGUGUACCAACGGGUCGACGUAAACCUGAGAAGGGUCUCUCGUCUCAGAGUCCCUUGGAGCAGACUCCUCCCAGUGUCCUGGCUGCCUUGGCCCACGGAUUUGAGCAGCGAGAUGUUGAGUCGUCUAAACCUACUCACAAAAUCAGGGUUGACUUCAAGGAGGACUGUACUUUGGAGAAUGUCUGGAAUAUGGGCGGCUUAAGUAUACUGACCUCUGCGCCGCUGAUGCCACCCUACGUCUGCUUCCUUUGUGCCAGUAAAGGGCAACAUGAGAUGCUGUAUUGCCAAGUAUGCUGUGAACCCUUCCACCAGUUUUGCCUUGAACCAGCAGAGCGCCCCUCUGAGGAGAACAAGGAAAACUGGUGCUGCCGACGCUGCAAGUUCUGCCACGUGUGCGGCAGGAAAAACAAGCUCUCAAAGCCUUUAUUAGAGUGUGAGCGAUGCCAGAACUGUUAUCAUGCUUCCUGUUUGGGACCCAACUAUCCAAAGCAAAACAAGAAGAGGAAAGCCUGGGUUUGUAUGACAUGCAUCCGGUGUAAAAGUUGUGGUGUUACACCGGGGAAGAGUUGGGACACUGAGUGGAACCAUGACAAAGGACUCUGUCCAGACUGUUCCAAACUCUACGAACAGGGUAACUACUGUCCAAUCUGCUUCAAGUGUUAUGAGGACAAUGACUAUGACAGUCAGAUGAUGCAGUGCGGCACCUGUAACCACUGGGUGCAUGCCAAGUGUGAGGAUCUAACAGAUGAACUGUAUGAGAUCCUGUCCAGCCUGCCAGAGAGUGUUGUGUACUCGUGUCGGCCGUGCAGCGUGACUCAGCCCAGUGCCUGGAGAGAGCUGCUCUACAUUGAGCUCAGGUCCGGGGUGGAGAAGGUGCUAGCAUGCUUGCUUUCCUCCACCCUCACCCAGCACCUUGUUACCUGCUCACAGUGUGAAAAGUUGGUUGACCCUGACAGUGGAAUAGAAGGACAGCCUGCCUGUGAUCUCCGAGCUGUAGGCAAGAAGUUUGACAAAGGCCUUUAUACUACAUUGAAAAUGUUCCAUGAAGAUGUGGUUCAGGUGGUACGAAAGAGGCUUGAGCAAGAGGAUGAUCUUCCAGAGGAGCGGAGACCCACCGCCCUAGCACGCUCGUACUACCUAAAGCUCCUCGAGGAGGUAUUUAAUUGGUUCAACAGCCAAGACCCAAAGGUGUGGAACCCUUGUACCAAAGACUUGCCUGUUGGGAUGUUGUCCCAUGCUGUUCAUCCUCCUACAACGGAGCAUGUUUACGCCCAGUGGCAGGAGAGAGAGGAGCUCCAGUCCAGGGCUCCACUGGGGCUCUUGCAGGAGGACAAUGGGCAAAGCUUGGAUAUAAAAGAAGAGGAGGCAGUUUCUCCGAUGUCUGGGGAGCCAACAAGCAGGAACUACUUCAAAGCCAGCAGGGCUGUCAGACUCAAAUUCAAAGGGAAAAGAGGCCGGCUUUCAAAAGCUGAUCUAGACACUGGAUGGUCUAAAGACGAUGAGAGACAGUGCUCUUUGUGCCAAAAAUAUGGAGACCUCAAACCUAAUGAAGCAGGAAGGUUACUGUACUUGGGCCAAAAUGAAUGGGCACACGUCAACUGCUGUCUUUGGUCCGCGGAAGUUUUUGAAGAGGACAAUGGCUCUCUGCUGCAUGUGCACAGUGCCGUCACAAGGGGGCGCUUGAUGCGAUGUGAACGGUGCAACCAGACGGGUGCUACAGUUGGCUGCUGCCUGACAUCUUGUCAAAGCAACUACCACUUCAUGUGCGCCCGCUCCCGCCAGUGUGUGUUCCAAGAUGACAAGAAGGUCUAUUGCUACAAACAUAGACAUCUCAUCAGCGGCAGGAUGAUAACCGGUCAAGAAUUUGAAGUAAAUCGUAGAGUGUAUGUGGAUUUUGAGGGAAUCAGUCUCCGCAGAAAGUUCUUGACUGGACUGGAGCCAGAACUGAUCAAUGUGAUGAUUGGCUCCUUGCAGAUUGACAGACUCGGUAUACUGACAGAACUUUCUGCAAACAAAGGAAAAUUGUUUCCUGUGGGUUUUCAGUCUUCUCGCUGGUACUGGAGUACAGUCAAUCCUCUGCGUCGGUGCAAAUACACAUGUACAGUCCGGGAGGUCCGGCCCAUUGUCCCAGAGAAACCUGUUGAGGAGAUGCCAGACCAAGGCGACAAUCACACCAUCGCUCACAGCCCCUGUCCGCUCCCUGAGCCUGAAGCCCAAGAGACUGAGAUGAUAGAAGCCCAGCCCCCAGUGGAAGAAACUUUUGUCCCUCCCCUGAAGUCAGAUCACGGUGCAAGGCCAAAGAUUCCAAGCUAUCCCCAACCCAGAAGACCAGCUGGGGGUUUGUCCCGACCUUUGCCAUCGCCAGGGGCGGUCCCGUUGAAACCCCACCACAUACUCACCAUAAGUGAUCUGGAAGAGACUCGAAGAGUUCGUCGCCACAGCCCUCACUCACAGACGACAGGCAUGCGCUCUCACUUGUCUCCUCCUCCCCUGGGCCCCCUGCCUGGUCCAAUCACCCUCCGUGCUGGAAAAUCUUCCCUCCCCACCUCCCCACUGUUCCCACUUGGUGCUACAGACAACUUGAUAAAUUCUCCAUCGUCCCGCCCAGCUGGAGGUAGAAGUGCUUCCUCAGUCCGAUGCCCCGGGAAUACAGUAACCCACUGUACCUCAUCAUUCUUUCCUCAGUCCCCCUGGCAGGAAAGUUCUGUUGGUCUGCCUUUCUCAUCAUCCAUACAGCAUUUACCCAGAACCCGACUGUCGUUUGAUCUGAAUCAGUCAGACUCAGUCGAGGUGCCGCACAACUUCUUAGCUUCGCCAGAGCCUGAGGAUGUCUCCCCAGCUAAUGGUACAUCACCGCAGGGAGACCAGCAGAAGGAUGAAGAAGAGUUUCCCUACAGUUCAUUCCACAAGGAUCCCAGCUUGAGUCUGGGCCAAGAGAUGCGGACAGAACUUGAAAUUGAGGAAACACUCCUGAAUGAAGGAGUGGCAAUGAACUGUGGGGGACAGAUAGUGGUGGAAGGUGAUGAUCAAGAGGAAUUCUGGGGAAGAACUCAAGAGGUGCACAAGAGGAAAACCCUUGUGGCCAAUUUGCCACGGUCUGCAGCCUCAGCCAGGGAUGACUUGGGCAACUCAUCCUCUGAUGAUGACAUGGAGCACUAUUUUGACUUCUCGCGGACGAUAGUCAGCUGCCCUGGAUCAAAAGAUCAUUCUAAAUCUCCUUCUUCUCCCUCUUCGAGGCCUUUGGCUCAGCUUGACGGGGUAGAUGAUGGUACAGAGAGUGAUGCAAGUGUAGCGACCAACGAUGAUGCUCAGAAAGCUGAUGGCUCCGGUCAAAAUCAGAUACAGGGCAAAAACACAAAAAAUAUAAACGCUCCUGGAGGCACAGAGGCUCAGAAAUCAUUGUCUGAUGAUAAGCAAACAGAUUGUUCAACUGUCACCAUGUCAGUUGCCGGAAAAGGUCCUACAGGUUCACCUAAAGAUCCUCCUAAAUCCAGUCACAGCUCUGGCACUCCUUUAGUAGAUCAGGAGAGCAUGCUUUCUACUCCAGCUGAUAACAGUCUGUCUAACUUGCUUACAAAGGGGCCUGAGACGUCAUAUUCAGGGGAGUUAUUGUUGGAUUCCACUUUGCCGUUGGCUUCUGAAACACCCCUUGUUCUUGAGAGAUGUGACAGUAGCCCACGUUUCACUGAGAUGGUUCCAGUGCUACAAAAUGCACAUGAGACUCCACAGGUUGAAACUUGUAAAGUCCUGAACUCAGAUCCUGACAGCAGCCACUUUGCAUCAUCAACUGAGGCAUCUGCUGUAUUGAUGAACCACUUAACACCUAACACAAGUGAGCCCUCACUAGCAGAUUCUGCUGUUAACGGUCAGGGCUCCCUGCUCGGUCUUCUUCAGCCCUCCCCGUUAAAUACCACAGAUGCACAAAACUCCUCCCAAGGCCUCGUAGACUCCCUCCAGAUGUAUUCCUGUUUACCAGGUUUCACUCAGCCUCCUCUAACAAGUAUUACACUUCAGCCGGUCACAACUGCACAAGAGGCAACAGCCUUCACAUCUGUGGAGUCGACUAAGCUAACAACUCUCAGUACAGUUGGAGACGUGACACAAGCACUGCUAAAUGUUACCCCUCAGAAUGACCUGGGGUUAUCGGCUACGAUAAGCACUUGCCUUCCAGCAGGAACUUGCGGUACAGUUUCUGUUCCCGUGUACUCCACACAAACACAGCCACUGGGUUCUACAGCCCUCACCAUUGUUUCUUCCUCUGCUUCAAUGCCGUCUCUUUCUGGACUGUCAACGCACUGUUCAGCCACUUCAGCGCCAGUACAAACCACCUCCACCCCUGUGAUUUUAAAUGGUUACAGCUCUUCAUCUGUACAGAAGGAAGCUACAUCUGGUCACACAAUCUCCAUCAAUUUCUCCACACCCAGGACAGCUAUAGAGCCUCAGCAGCCGGUGGUACCCCAGGCGCUACCUGGUCACGCUAUUCUCACUGUAAAGGAGGUGGGAGGUCCCAAUGUAGAUCCCACACCACAUGUCCUACUGGUGAACCGUCUCGGGCAGAUCUUUGUGAAAAACCCAGAAAGCAACACUUUCCAGCUUCCCACUCCCAACUCCCCUUCCUAUAACUGUGUCACUCAGAUUGCCAGCCUUUUGCAGAGCAACGCACUUUCAGCCACACUGGCAGCAGCUGGUAAUAUGUCUGCUCCACCAGCCGGGGUCAACAUGACACCAGCAGUUCCCCUGUCAGUCACACCUGCGGUUCAGAGCCCAGCCACUGUUACACAGCUGCUAACUCACAAUAGCAACGGCGCGGUGGCAUCGGUCAAUGUAAAGAAGUCAAGAAAAAACACAAAAACAUCAAAAGACGAAACUGUCCCAGAGGUAAGAAAGCCAAAGAAGAAGAAGGAGUCCAGCGCAUCCAAAAAAUCCAAGUCAGCCAAGUCCUCAGUGCAGCCUGCUCUGUCAGCUGAGAAUCCUCCCACGAGUCCUGCUGAAAGUGCCCAAGCAAUUAUCAAUCAAGCAAUGGCAAGUAACUACACGCCCAAGUGGAGCGGGCUACGGACAAUGAGCCCUUCCUCACUGGUUUUGCCUCCUGACCUGUUAAUUGAACCAGAACCUCCGGUGUCAUCUCGCUCUCCGUCACCAACAUCAACACCAGCUCCCGUAUCCCGCCCUCGCACCCACGUCCGGAUGAAAAGAGUGUCUUCGCUUUCAGACCGCAUCGUCACGAAGAAGUCUAAAGUGGAUUUCCUGCAGCCAGAGCCCAUCACUGAGGUGGAGGAGCGCCGCAGACCAGCCUUCCAGAGCAUCUCCAGCAGAGCCUCCGGAGUUCGCAUCAAGACCCCAACAGUGAAAGGAGUGCUGAACCUGGACGAGUUAAAGGAGGAGCGGAUGAGCGAUUCCGACAGCUCAGGGUCAGAGCCUUGGAAUUAUUUGUCUCAAGGUGAACAAGGCAAACAGCAUGCAUGGGAACCAGUGGGACACAGCACACUGACCGACUGGAAGAAAUACUCUGGCGCUGCUUCUACCUCAGAUGAAGAACCAACACCAUCUGAUGAGGACGAGGUUUGUCCAGCUAACAGAGACCAGCCACACUUACGGUUUGAGAUAACCAGCGAGGAUGGUUUCAGUGUGGAGGCGGACAGUAUUGAAGUGGCUUGGAAAGCGGUGAUCGACGGGGUGCAGGAGGCACGAGCACUCGCACGGUUGAGGCCUCUGACUUUUCAGAGGAUCACCGGCGGCCGUAUGCUGGGUCUGGUCCACGACGCUGUGGUCUUCUUGCUGGAGCAACUUCAAGGGGCUCAUCGCUGUCAGCGGCACGCCUUCCGAUUCUUCAAACAGUUCAGCCAAGAGGACGACCUGCCUGUCAAUCCCAGUGGCUGUGCCCGCUCUGAGCUCUACCUUAGGAAGUCUACAUUUGACAUCUUCAACUUCCUGGCUUCUCAGCACCGACAGCUUCCUGACAUUGGGCCUUAUGAUGAUGAGGAGGAUGAGGUUCUCCUGAAGUCCACGAGGCGGGCUACUAGUUUGGAGUUGCCCAUGGCUAUGCGUUUCAGACAUCUGGAAAGAACAUCCAAGGAGGCUGUUGGAGUGUACAGGUCUGCUAUCCACGGACGCGGUCUGUUCUGCAAGAGGAACAUCGAAGCCGGGGAGAUGGUCAUCGAAUACGCAGGCAUCGUCAUUCGCGCAGUGCUCACUGACAAACGGGAGAAGUACUACGACGGCAAGGGUAUCGGCUGUUACAUGUUCCGCAUCGAUGACUUUGACGUGGUGGACGCGACCAUGCACGGCAACGCGGCGAGGUUCAUCAACCACUCCUGCGAACCGAACUGCUACUCGCGAGUCAUCAAUGUGGAAGGCCGGAAGCAUAUCGUCAUCUUUGCCCUUAGGAAAAUCUACAGAGGAGAGGAGCUCACCUACGACUACAAGUUCCCCAUCGAAGACGCCAGCAACAAACUCAACUGUAACUGCGGAGCCCGGCGAUGCCGUCGUUUCCUCAACUAAGAGAUCCCUCGGGUGAAAAAGGCAAAGGAUCCUGUUUAUUAGUAAGCCUUAAAUUAAGGUGGCACUGGAUGCGGCUUGGAGAGGCUGUGGUCAGUCUGCGCAGGAGGGGGAAUUAGCCACUAAGGCCAGAAACAAAUGGCUGGUAACAAGUAAUAUGUGGACAUUUUACAGAUCAGAGAGGAAGAGAACCAGCACAGAAAAUUAGAUAUCUAAAGAGUUUCUUGCCUCAUGUGUUCACGAUGUACUUCUGCUUGAAAAGUCCAGAUGUAGAGGUUGCAGCGCUUUGUCGCCAUAGCAGCGAUCGUUGCGGAGGAAGUGGUUUUAGUGUUGAUGACAGCGGGACAUGCAAAGCGUUUGAAAGGUGGGGAUUUCCUGGAUUUACAUGGAAGACGCCAACAGAAUUUCUGACACACACCAAGCCUUAUAUGUUUGAAUCAUUGCUGAAUACCUAUAGCUAAAACUUUGAGAGAUUCCUUAUAUGUUUUAUCCGUUUCUGGGGGGAUACGUCUGUCUGUAGUACGCUUGUUAUCAUGAUCGCUCCAUCCUCUAGUGACAGGAACCUUGUAGUCCCAUCCGUGCAGUGGUGAAGUCAGUUCUUGAGCCAUACAUUCACUCAAACCUUUAUUUUGUGCGUUUUAUCUGAUUCAGCUCUUCUUAUGUUGUUUUUUUCUCUGUAGACUUAUUAUUUUGUGUGAAUAACAAAAACAACCAUGGUGCUAAGCUUUGAAAGCUUUUGUCUUUAGUUGGACUAAGAUGUCUUGCGAAUCAGGAAUCGUUUAGCUGUUUAUUCACCCUGCUGAGAUCUUAAAUUUAUGCACUCAAGCAGCACUCUUAUCAGCGGAAUAUUUAGUGACUGCUAAGUUUCACAUUUAGUGUCGUCAGUCUGCUAUUUUCACCUACUCUCUUCUUGUGUCGAGUUUAAAAUCGGUGUACUGGUUGCAGUCAGUAACACAUUGUCAUAGUUCUAAAGGCCCAAACAUGUCUUGAAGACGUGUUGGUUUUUUUUUCUUGAUGUACAGUGUAUGUAGCAAACACUACCCAAGCCAAAAGCGAAGAUUUGUGGUGAAUAUCAGUUUUUUAAAUAUCUAUUUUAUUACUCUCAUAGCAGAUGCUCAUUACCUAUUGCAAUAAGACUUUGCUGCCCUACAGUUGCACAUAAAUAAGCAUCAAACAUACAAAUUAUCUUUGUGAAACCUGCUACAGUUUCUCUUAAUCAGGGAGAGCACUGGUAUAAAGCAUUGCUACUGAGUGUGUACGUUCAGCUCCUCCUGCACCAGGCAAGUUGAGAACAUAGACUUUUGGGGGUGUUGCCGUCGCAGGAAACGGUCGGCCUGACGCGGAGCUGACAGAAUGCAUUCAGCACCUUUAAAAUAUUGUUUAAUGUCGUCGUGAGUUGAUGUUCAGUGCCGUCAUUGACAAGGCUAAUUGAAUUCACACACUGUUCAAAUUGGUAGUUCUAUUUAUUCAUGUUUUGAUUUAUGUUUUUAAUGGUGGAAAAGAAAAACGACAAAAAAAAAAAAUACGGUUGUGCUGUGUGUAAUUGGUGGCGGUCUAGUGUAUUUCCCCCAAUUUGUGUCCUUCGUUUUGUUUACAAAUGAUGUCUUUGGUUUCACUAAUUUACUUGAAUUGUUUUUCUUCGGAGCAGUCGUGUCAUGCGUUUAAGCCUUUAUGACAGAAAUUGUUCGAAAGCAGGUAUUUUUAAAAGAAGCCUUUUUAUUUGAUUUUUUUUUUGUUACGGUAGAUUACUGACGUUCUUAAAAUCAGCCACAGGAGUAAAGUGAGCACUGUUUUGCCUAUUCAAGCCCAUGAUCAUGUUUUAUUUUCUCCCCUAUCCCUUUGUCUCCCAACUUAAUAGAGCAAAUUAACAUCACCUUUGUCUUUAUCUUAGCCCCCUUUUUCCCCUCUUUGCAUGUCCAAUCACUGGGAUGGAGCCCAGAUUAACUUGUGUCAAUCACCUUAGCUGACGACAAGAGCAGAGUCACUCCCAACUCCUUGCAAGGAUUCUACCUCAGCUGUUUAGACAGAUGUUUGGGAAUACUGAUGCAAAAAGAGAGGAUGAUGAUUUAAGAAUAGCUUGGUUUUAAUAUCCUGUAUGCGUGCGUGUGUGUUUGUUAUUUUGUGUGCAUGUGCGUGUGUGCGCGAUGAAGGAUGCAAGCACUAGUCAAAACCUGAAGUUAUCAUGACCAUCUCUCCCAGAAUCUGUUAAGAAAGCUGUAUGUUAUAUAUACACACAUAUAUAUAUAAAUAUAUAAAUAUAUAUAUAUAUAGUAGGGUUAUUUUAAAGUAAGUGUAAAAGACAUAAAAACGAGAAAAUAUGUGCUCUUUAAAUUUACGUCUUUGUUACCAUGUACAAAUAAACCCUGAGUUUGUAAAUAUUUGUAUACAUAUUUCUAAACCUGUUUAAUUUUUCUAUGCACUUUUUUAUUUAUAAUGUUAUUUGCUUAAUAAAGAUGUUAAGAUGUUUGAACAAA